AGGCUCUAAUCUUACUCGCAGCAUUUCAUAUUUUUCACUGUAUGAUGUAAUAUUACAAUUACACCCUGUUGAUGGAGUAUAAUAAUAAUAAAGAAACCCAAAGCCCCCAUGAGACGUUUAAUUUUGUGAGAUUUUUAGACGUUUUUGAGAAUGCGCGUAAGUGUUACCUUCAACUUUUGAGCCCGAAGAUUGAUCAUCAACUAUCACCAAACUUGUUGUGAUGUGUGUCACGCUGUCUGGUUUAUUUUUGGCAACUUUUUUUCCUUCUGAAUGGGAAUAAACUUUGAUUUUAACAUACCUCCCCCAAAAGCAAAAACAAAGCAUUUCUUAACACUCCCAAGUUUCAUUUCUAACCAUGAGAUUACCGGAAAGAAAAAAUCUGCUAAGGCGGGCCGCGGGCUGUCUCGUGAUCCACGUGCUGUGCGGUGUUGCGGAAGCCAAGAAGUCCGGCUUCUGGUCGUUUGGAGGAGGAGCGGGCGAGCAGGAACCGGGUGAGCCGCAGGUCGUUCCAGACGCUGACCGUGCAGGAGGGGGUGGAGCCCCAUCUGCGGAAGCAGGGACCACGACAGGCGAUGGUGGGGUAGAAAUACUUCUUUCAGGAGCUCCAAGCACAAGCGGUCCACCUAGAAGUACCCUAGGUCUAGGAGCAUCGUCCUCUAGUGCAGUGACAGUAUCACAACAAAAAAAGGAACUGUGCCCCACGCCGGCGCCCAUCUUGGACAACUUUCAAAAACAGCUAGGAAACAGCGGGGCGCUGGUGAAUGUGGUCACCAGACAGGCCACCGCCCCAAAAUGGCCGGCAGCGUGGUUCGAUAGUAGUGUGUAUCGCCUGAUGAUCGGCUUCAAGCCGCAGAAUGAGGAUAUUAAGGACGGCAAGGGCUACCUAACCGCGUUGCGGCAGGCUCUUCCUGGUGCGGCGGGACUACUCUACACCGGUUCCUCAGCCUACCGCGACCCAGUGAUACGCAUAGUUGAUACUGUAUUCGUGUCUAACUACUGGUCUUGUUAUGCAUAGAAAUGUUAACCACACGGUAACGCUUGUGAUGCUAGUGAAGAUCAUUCGCCCGGAGCAACCAAAUGUAAAUCAUCUUGUGAUCAUACACAAUCACAAAGACAUACAGACUGUACUAAAAUGGCAAGAGUGCUGACAACUUACUCGUACUUCGUCCCCCGUGCUCUGUGUGUGAUUGCAUAUUAUAAACGAAGGCGAUCAAAACAAAAAGUCGUGCGAUCUUCGCAAGAGAGAUGCAAGCGCAAGCCGCGACGCCCUUUGGAAAAAUUUAUCACAGAUUCUAGAGCACCAGGAGCCAUGACUGAGGACGAUAUCUGCCAUGUGACGAGAAUAAGCAUGAAACAUUUCAGCCUGAAUUUUUAUACGAGGACCAGACCGAGAUGAAGACAUGUGUUGGCAAAAAUGCAUAAAUGUCUGGCGUUUGCGAUUUCUGUCGCGAGGUAAACACCGCUUGGACCCAGGCUACUGGGUGGAACCAGGGAGAGGAGCAUUUCUUUCGCCCCUACACGGAUCCUGAAACAUCAUGUCAGGCUUUGCCGGCGGUUACUAGUAGUACAACUGCGACGACAACCUCUGCAGGAGCAGCUGCACCAAGUAGAGCAGCAACAACUCCAAAGAGCCCAGCAGCUGCUGCUGCGCGGCAACCUCCAGGUCUAGAAACAAGCCGCCCUGCUUUAUUGAGUGACGCGGACGCAGCAGCCGGAGCCGCUGCAGGAGUUCUAGCUUCUCCUCCACCACCUGCAGGUCGUUCGGAGCCAGAUGCACAAACGAACCCGGAACUGGUAGCCGCGGCUGACGCGGAACGGCGGGCUGAGGAAGUCACGGUCGCACACGUCCUCCACCAGCCGAUUCACAGUUCGCUGAAGAAGCGCCGGGAGUUUCGGCAGGCCUGGAAGAAUUCCCGAUUGUCGUACGAGCACGAGUACGUUGUUAUCACGAGAAAAACGUGUUACAGUUACACAUUGCUUUGCAAGCUCAGCAUGACAGACAACCUCUGUCAUGCCAGAAAUGCUUCCGCAUUGCACGUUUCCCCUCUCAUGCAGAGAAAAUUUGUGUUGCUGAAUUGACAAACAAAUGUGGAACUGUAACACUUUUUCCGUGGGACAGUCAUGGAGGAUAUCUUGCUGGAAGGGAAAAGUCGUGCUCGUGGCUCAGGUUUUUUAUCCCGACUUGCGGCUUCCAGGACUGAGUCGCUCGCGGACGGAACCAAGACGUCAAAAGAAAUCCGGGAGUCAAAAGCUAAGUUGGAAAAGGAGUUUGAGAAUCUGCAGCAGGAUGGUUGGUGGUUUUUUGGCUCCGCGUGGACGGAUGACAGAUCCAAAUCCACUGUUUUUCCCGAAAAAAAUUUGAUCCUCUUCGGCGAAAAGAAGAUUUCCCAGCACCGCUACGUCACAAGCUUGGAGGCCAUGCUGGAGAAGCUUUCGCAGCUUGUGCUCAAAAAACUGGUAGAAAACAACUUCAAAGUUGGGCGGUGGCUCCGAAAGCUAGCUCGGAAUGCGCCUGAAAGACUCAGAAGGCAGCUGGGAAAUCUGGGAAAUGACUACGUCGACCCGGACGAGGUACAACUCAACUAGUGAAACUAGAAUCGAUAGCAGGAAGGGAAUUUUGUUUUUUUUGCAACGCUAUGUACAAGAGGAAAACAUAUAAAUAUCAAUAUGUACUUACGUAUGCAUAUGCAAACGGAAAAGAACUAAAAGACAGCUUGUUCACAAAUGAAAAUUCACAUCAGGUGAACCAUGUAGUUCUGAACAACGAUGCGGUGCGCAGGGAAGUUUUGGCGUAUGUGUCCAACGAAAUUUCCAGCCAUCUGGCCCCCAAGACCCUUCCUUUUCUCCCCGCGCUCGCCGGUGUGUCCGAGGACGGUUCGGAGAACGAAAACAUCAACCAAAAGAUGCUGCCCCAGUGGUUCUGCUACCUCUCGCACGACACGGACGGGGGUACCUUGAACCUGACCUUUCGCGGCACCGGGACCCGGCUGAUGGACGGAAAAACCGCCUACCUGGACGACUGGGCGACCAACGUGGACGCGGCGGGAGACGACUACAGUCCGGUCUACCACUGGUACAGCGACGCGACGACCUCGUUUUCCGAAGCCCAAAAUCCCGAGACGGGGCAGCAAAACUAUUGGAAGACUGUGGUCGGAUCUUUCACCUCCGCCGGGGCGAGCUACUUGAAACUGCACAAGGGGUUCUUCGACCGCGUGGUCCUGGCAUUGGCAGAACUGGAACUGAAGUUGCGGGAGGAGUGUCAGAAAGAACUGCAAGUAGAACACUGCGGUGACAACGAGGAAAAAACACAACUUCUCGAUGACCAACAAAAAACCUACCACGCGUCGAUUUUCGCCGCCAAGUUGCAGAUCAAAACGAAUCGCGAGGACAUCCCGGCAAACCUGCAGCAUUUCUACCCAAACAACCUCCAAGAACUGGCACGGAACGUUUUCGACAAAAACCGGCAGCUCGGGAAGCAGUUUGAAACUUACUUGGAGCAACGCUUGCGGCAAAACUUCAAAACCAUCCUCGUCUCCGGACACAGCUUGGGCGGCGCGCAAGCGCUGGUGCUGCACCGCCUGCGGUACGACUCGGCGCUGAUGAAAUUUCUGAUCCGCGGAAAGUACGAACAAUCUACUACUUCCGGAGCGGGUGCUGCAUCUACUUCAUCUCUUCGUGGUGCGCGGCAACAAGCGCAUGAUCUUCCAUCUCGGAACUACAAAGAGUUCCGCACCAUCGUGUUUUCCGCGCCGCCGAUCUACUCAUCCGAGGGCAAUCGGGCGGUCCCCGCCCAGGAAUAUUUGCUCACCGGAAAAGUUCCGUCGGGCACGCCGGUUACAUUUUUGGGAGGCCAAGAUAAGUACGAUGACACCGAGAAAUUGUUGAUGGCCAACACUUAUCAAAUGCAAAAAUGUCUUGGUCUGGAAGAAUACGCGAUUUGUCAUGCUGCUUUUCCAUGACCCAUGAGGUCUGGAAUGCAGGACCUAGCAUGGCAGAUUCUGCGAGACCUUUCUAAUGCCUAUCCUGCAUGAGAAACUACUUCCAGACUUGGUAAAAACUGGACGACUUUUGGUAAUCAUGCAACACAGAUUUUUGCAUGCUGCGGAUUUAGCAUGACAAGUUGCAAUCUUCCAGACCCAGACAUUUUUACAGUUGAUAACACUAUGAAUGUCUUCUACAACCAGGACCCCGUGCCGCGGCUGGCGUUUUUGAGUUUCACGGACGCAAAAAUGGUUGUGCCCGUGCUGGAAAAAGUGUUUUGGAUCCGCCAAACGAAAAUGAAGUCGGCGUAUGAGACAAAACGGCUCCUCCGGAAGCAGGAAAGGAAAAGCACCGCUCCGCCCGGAGCAGCGCCAGCGUCGAGCACCGCUGCAACCCCGUCGUCCUCAUCGUCUUCUUUCUUUUUUACAAGGAGGUCACAAUCUGCACCGGAAUUGGGAGAACAGGCCACCGAAGCAUCUAACUCAAGGACUACUUCUACCUCCAGUACUUCUGGAGAAAUAAAGGGGAACAAGCGGGACGACGGGAGUUGUGCGCGAAGUGAUAGCAGCACCCGAGCGGCAAAAAGAAGCAAGAAGAACCCAUCGCCACAAGAAGGGCCGAGCGCGAGUGAUGAAUCUUCGGAAGAUCCUUCUCUCCAGCUUCUGAGCAAGAAGACGCGCGUCCGCCGCACGGUGUUUGCUGUUUCCGGUCGCGCCUGGGCUUGGUUUAUCAAAUGCAAAAAUGUCAUCUGAGUCUGGAACGUUGCCAGGUUUGGCAUGCAUAUUUUGCAUGACCCAUGAGGUCUGGAAUGCAGGACCUAGCAUGACAGAGUCUGUGAGGUCUCUGCCAUGCCUAUCCCGCGCGAGAAACUUCCUCCCAACUUGGUCGAAAGUUGACAGCUUUUGGCACUCAUGCAACACAGAUUUUUGCAUUAUUCGGAUUUAGCAUGACAAGUUUUAAUCUUCCAGACCCAGACAUUUUUGCAUUUGAUAUGGUUUCUGUCCCGCGCGGACGAAUUCUGGGGCAUGGGCGUGCCGCUCACCGAGGCACUGGACGCCCACCGCAUGGAGUUCUUCCGGGACCCGGUCCUGGACCUGGCGGCCCCGGUGGGCGACAGCGGCACGCCCGGACCCUUCAAGCAGCCUCGGGAGUUUCUCGGAGAGCAGGCGUGUGCGCACUUUGACGCGGAAAAGUUCGCACAGGGAACCACGGCGGAAAAAGCCGAAGGCGUAGAGACACAAGGUGAUAAGAAAGCAGGAGCUACAUCUUCGACGUCCCCGGUUGUGUCUCCUCCUGCAUCCCCGGCGUCUCCUCCUGCAUUGCCAGCUCCUCCUAUCAGAUUGCACAACUACUGCUAGUACUCCUUUUCAUUAGCUUUGUGAUUUGUGAAUGUGAUGCAAAAGAACGUCAAAGCUUCGAAAUCCACAACACACGUUGCCGUUCUUGCCGCCUUGAAGCUGCAUUGUUCGCAUGACCACACCAAUCGUUAUAAAUACCCCAGAGAAAUUUUUCAUGCGGACGAGGCUACAUUUUUGGUGGCUUUCCUGUAUUGCUGUUCGUGCCCUUGUUCAAAUGAGGGGGACGAGGUGGGGGAGUUGUGCACUCGGAUACCUCCGGAGGAGUUUGACUGCGAUUGGGUACCGCCAGCCGAGUUUGUGAAGCUUCAGGCCGAGCAGUUACGGGCAAAGCAGUAAGGGUCUUGGCCCUCAAACGCUAAAUAAUCGGCUGUCGCCGUGCGUGAAAAGGAAGGGAUCCAGACGCUGCUCGAAUGUGCUGCUUCAUAUAAAUAUUUAUACACAACCAAGCCGGAUCCGGAUCGCGGCAGUGAUUGGCCGCAAGUAAUGCUUUUUGAACCCGUUCAUCUUCAUCGGGGGUAACCGUAAGGGAAGCUGGAAACUGAAAACUGUACCUACAGCUGACAACACUAUAAAUAUGAAAAUGAAUGUUAAUACUCGCACAAGAAACUGAAAGAUUGAAAAAUUUCCAUUUCGUGAUUUUUGGUGUUGCGCCGCUCCGUCGACGAGGUAAGCUGUUUUACCGAGAUAGAGCAGGUCAACGUGUAAGACCGAAAUACUUCUAGGUUAGUGACAGAAGAGCGCGCUGCUCAUGAGAACGGAUGAAGUGUGUCGUGUGUGAUAUACUAUUUAUUUGUGAAUAUGAAACAAAUAUUUCAGGAAUGCAUUGUUCAAUGCACGCACCAUUUACACAGGAUAUGAUAAGCACAGCAACUACAUCUGAGGAAGUUCCCGCCCUGUACCGCUCCUCG